GUUUGGUGUUUUUCUUCUUCAUUGUAGAGAUAUGAAAGAGUCAAUUUUCUUUGUCAUUCUGGUGAUGAUCUUGCCUGUGAAAGGCCAACUGAAAACCGGGUUUUACUCGUCUUCAUGUCCGAAAGUGGAGGACAUUGUCCGGUCCACGGUUGAGUCAUACUACAACAAAGAUCCUACUAUUGCAGCUGGCUUGCUUAGGCUUCACUUCCAUGACUGCUUUGUGCAGGGUUGUGAUGCUUCGAUUUUGAUUAAGGGCACCUCCGCGGAGAGAAAUGCAUUGCCGAAUCUGGGGUUGAAAGGAUUUGAAGUUAUUGAUGAUGCAAAGGCACAACUAGAGGCCUCGUGCCCUGGAAUUGUUUCAUGUGCUGAUAUAGUUGCAUUGGCUGCUCGUGAUUCUGUUGACUUGAGUGACGGUCCAAGCUGGAGAGUACCUACCGGAAGAAGAGACGGCAGGAUCUCUUCUUCUUCUCAGGCAUCGAAUUUGCCAUCUCCUCUAGAUUCCAUUGCCAUCCAAAGGCAGAAAUUUGCUGCUAAAGGACUUGACGAUCACGAUCUUGUAACUUUAGUUGGGGCACAUACCAUUGGCCAAACGGACUGCUUAUUUUUCAGGUACCGCCUGUACAACUUCACAGCUACCGGAAAUUCUGACCCAACCAUUAGCCAAGCAUCUCUAGCACAACUCCAAGCUCUCUGCCCCAAAGAUGGCGAUGGCUCCAAACGUGUGGCAUUGGAUAAAGGUAGCCAGACCAAGUUUGAUGCAAAUUUCUUCAAGAAUGUGAGGGAUGGCAAUGCAGUUCUCGAGUCAGAUCAGAGGCUCUUGGGUGAUGCCACGACGCGCAACAUACUGCAAAACUAUGCCGGAAGCAUAAGGGGAUUGCUAGGGUUUAGAUUUGACCUUGAGUUCCCAAAAGCCAUGAUCAAAAUGAGCAGCAUUGAUGUGAAAAUUGGUGCUGAUGGAGAGAUUAGGAAAGUGUGCUCCAAGUUCAACUAAACACUACAAAGGGGUGAUUUUAUUAAUGGAAAAUAAAUGUGUAGAGGUGAAUCAUACCUUCAACUGUAUCCAAGCCUUGUCUACAUGUAUAUCACUUUGGAUGAACACUAUAUAGACUCACUUUGGAAGUUUGGAU